AGUUGCCCCCACCUACGAGUGAAGCAAAGAAAGAAGAACGUAAAAUCGCUCCGUGAAAAUUGUGUGAAAACUCACAUUUCCCAGUGAAAAUUGCACGGAAAAGUGUUGUGAAGUGAAACGGCAAGCAAAAGGGGUUAUUUUGGUGUGGAAAUCAUUACAAGGGAAAAGGUGAAAAGGGUGUAAUUUGUGAAAAAUGCGCGUGUAAAAAAAAGGUUUUUCAUUAUUGGAGGAAAAUGGUGUGAGUGGCUGGAAAAACAAAGUCAAACGCUUGCCAAAACAGAGAAUUUCCUGCGAAGGAGGGAGAGAAGAAAAUCCCAGGAAGGAGGCUGCAAUGUUGGCCACAGUCGUGGGUAGCGAGUGAGCUUCGCUUUUAAGCACCUUCGGGACUUUCUUUGGGUACUCCGCCCUCGUGCAAUGGCGUCCGAGGGUGCCUCCUCCUCCCACAAUGGCCCAGGACUUCCGGGGCUGCCACAGUGCCACAAAUUUGCGGAUUAUUUUGUCAUUUGUGGCCUGGAUUUGGAUACAGGCCUGGAGCCAGAUAGAUUUUCAGGUGACAGCCUACACUGCUCCCCGCUUGACAGGGCGUACAAGAGUAAACCCCUGGCGCACUAUCCGGAAAAUGUCCCGUGGAAUCCAUUCGAUAGCCAUGGGAUCUGUAUGCUAUCACUGCCGCAAGGGUUAAAAUUUCGCACGCAGAAGCACAAUAUUGAGCCGAAAUUUCAUUCAUUUGCAACAACACGCGAAGACGGAAAGCGCUGCUAUGGGUUCAGUCUUGUCUUCUACGAGGAGGUGCGCAAUCGGAAUAUCUGUAGUGCAAUGCACACGUUGCAAUCGAUGUUCAUCACAGAGCUGUCUAGUCGGCAAAAUGCUCCCGGUUUGAGGCGCGUCAAGGAGAAUCCGGCGAGUAGAUCGCUUCCGAGGCAUUUUAAGCUGGCAGCUCAUGCACCCAAUUCAGCACUUAGCUACUACGACAUAACAAAAGACAAACUCUACGUGGCCAAAAGUAUCUCACUCAUCUGCCAGUUGGCGUAUGUUAAUGUGGCAGGAAUCUUUCUCAAGAAUCUCUACAAGUGUCUUCCACGACAACCUGGACCUGGAUUGAGUCUCGAAAGUUACGUCUACAAUAUUCUCCAUGAAGUGUCAAUUCCCGAGCCUGGUCGCUCAAUCCGCAUCUACCUGCCACCGGAGGAGUCGCACCAGCCACCCAUUCCCACCCUUCUGCAGCGCCCAAAUGUCCACGAUGAGCUGCCCCUGAUGGAUUUUCCGGUGCGUGAGAUGUUCAGCAAUUUGGGCAUCGAGUGCGUCAUUCAGCUGUUCACGUGUGUCCUGCUGGAGAAUCAGGUUCUCCUGCGUUCAGCGGAUUACAAUAAGCUCAUGAUUGUCGCGGAAUGCAUCACAAAUUUGUUGUUUCCCUUCACAUGGCCGCACGUGUAUGCGCCCAUCUUGCCGGCAUCACUGUACCACUUCUUGGAUGCUCCGGUGCCCUUUGUGAUGGGCCUGCAUGCGGAUGCGGAGACAAAUAUGAAGAUUGGCACAGAGGCAACGCUGUGCUAUGUCGACAUUGACCGGAAGAUUAUUCAAUUGCCCGAAGAGUUGCCGAAUUUCCCCCAUCGAGGGGAUUUUGUGAUGGAAUUGGCGGCUGUUUUGGAUAAAUUUAACGUGCCACGCGACAAGACGACGGAGCAAUCGACGAUAAUUGCACCACGACGUCCUGAUCAGGAUCCAAUGACUGCCAGUUGUACCCUCCCGUCGGGGAUGCAUGCACGCCGGAAGCAUUCCCUGCAUGAUAUUCUCGAUUGGGACAGGGACAGAGCAGCUUCUCCGGAACCUCAAGCCCCUUCGUCACCGUCCAAUGGGCCCCGCUCGGAGGCUUUGCAGAAAAUUGUUGAUAUUGUCCGACGGAGUGGUGUGAGUUUGGAUGAAGUUGACUUCCGUGCAGACGUAAUGCCGCCGUGCACACGGAAGAUCCCGAUGACGCCACAGGAGCAAUAUUGCGACGAUUUGAGACUCAAUAAUGCCGUCCGGGAGAUUUUUCUCAAUCGCUUCGUACAAAUGUUCUCAGCCUACGAGCACUUUGUCAUUCAGCCCAAUCAGGGGAAGGAGGAGUGGCUGACAAAUCGGGAAUCACUGCAGAAUUUCGAUAAGGCCUCCUUCCUGUCGGAUCAGCCGCAGCACCAUCGUCCCUUCCUGUCGCGCUUUCUCGAAAGUCAAAUGUUUGCCACGCUCAUUGAUAAUAAAAUUAUGUCAGCGUGGACAGAGGAGGGGGAUGAGGUGGAUUACAAUUUGAAGCUCUUUGAUGAUCGCAUUAAGUUGCUGAGAAAACGUUUCGGUGGUGAAAGUAUAAUACGGACAUCAAACUACGAGCCGUGCAUUUCGGCGCGUGAAACGCUGAAGAUUCUGGAGAAGAGGCUGAACAAUGUGGACAUGGAAGUAGCGCCACCGAGUGAAAUUCUCCCCAAUCGUCCAGCAUACUUUCGCAGCUUUCCCGUUCUCGAUAAGUCUGUGCUCAAUCAGGAGUCCGCUUCGAGGGGGAAUAGUUUGAGGCGUGUUAAGAAUGGGGGAAAGUGGAGAAUAAAGGAGAUUUCACUUGAGGGGAAACCACCAGAGGUACCCAGUUCAAAUCGUCAACCAACAAGCCUCAAUACGAAUGAUAUGACCCCAGCACAGGCUAAUUGGACAUUUGUGGAGAAACUUCUCAAAGACUGCAAGAGCAAAACAAAGAGGAUGCUUCUGGAGAAGAUGGGAAGUGAGGCAGUUGAACUGGGGCUGAGUGGUGAAGUAUCUGUUAAUGGGGUUGAAGAAAAUACCCUAAUUGCAUCCCUUUGUGAUCUCUUGGAGAAGAUUUGGUCGCAUGGGAUGCAAAAUAAGCAGGGAAAGAGUGCCCUAUGGAGUCAUUUGCAGUCAUAUUUGGAGAUUCAAGAGUGUACCAAUACGUCAAAGCCAAUUGACAGUAACUACCUCACACCAGCCCUGGCGUGGUGCGUUCUCAGGAAAAGAAUGGAUUAUCUCUCAACGAUGGCAAUUGAACCUGAAGCCCCACCGAGUCCAACGAGGGGUCGUUCAAAGUCACGGGAUCGAAAGAGUUUGGGUCCGGAGCAAUUGAGACCACUUCCGGAAUCCCUGGAGGUGGAUAUAAAGAAUAUCCUCGCAAUGACUGAUGUGAAGACACACAUUGGCUAUGCGAGGGCAUUUGUGAGGCUUGCGUUGGAGAAGAAGCUCCUUUCGCGCCAUUUGAAGGCUCUCCUUGGGGAUUCAGCCCUUCUGCGGUCACUCUACAAGAGAUCUGCUUUCCUGCGGUGUGAAGAGGAGAAGGAGCAGUUCUUGUAUCAUCUCCUAACACUCAAUGCAGUUGAUUAUUUCUGCUUCACCAACACGUAUCCCACGACAAAACUUCCCUACCGCGUGGUGAUUUUCCCAUCGAAACGAACGGGUUCAGCUAAUACCUCAGCCAAUGUGUGGGUGGCGAUUUCGGGGAAUAAUGGGGAGACACAACAAGUUUCCGUCCCACGAGGGACUCUUGAGUUUGUUUUCCAUCACAAAAAUCUGGGAAUAUUGACAACUGUCAGGAUUGGGCAUGACAACUCGGGGCUAUCGCCAAAGUGGAUGGUGGAGCAUGUUGUGGUGCGAAAUGAGGUUACAGGGCACACCUACAAAUUCCCCUGUGGACGUUGGUUGGGACGUGGUGUGGAUGAUGGGUCAACGGAGAGGCUCCUUGUUGGGCAACUCGUACCACGAACAGUGGACAAUGAGGAGCUCAUUGAAGCCUGCAGGACCCCACCUCGUGCCCGAAGUCCCAGCAUCCAUCGUCCGGAGGUGAAACCGUCGGAGAUUCAACACAUGCUGGGGGAUGUUGUGAAUGCCAUUGUGAAGUGGCACUACCGUCCGAGCCGGGAGCGCGACGCUGGGAGCCUGUCGACGCUCCUGUGUGGCGAAGAGGGACUCGUGAAGUGCCUGGAGCAGGCAUUUCUCUUUGGGUUCCGCUCAUCGCGCCUUUUUGGGCGGAAUUUGUACAUUUGGGACUACUUUGUGCGCGUCAAGGAGCAAUUUGAGGUGAAUCUCGUCGAGGAGACGCUUGAGACGGUGCGUGGGGGUGGAAGUGCCCAGAAUUCCCCGCCAACAAAUAGCAGUUCAUCCGGAAGUCCUCCCGAGGGGUGCGUGUUGCCGGUCAAUCCAGCUGCGAGGCAGGAAUUCGCAACAAUCUGGCGGUGCUACUGCCACUUAAUGGAUGAAAUUAACAACGUGACGCAAUCCUUGGGGAAAGAUGGGAAAUUUCAGCUUUUCAUCUGUCUCAGUCUCAGGGAGCACCUCCUCCAUCGAAUGCUCGUCCCCAUUGCGGCCACACGCGUAACGGUGGAAAUGUACGAAGAGCAGAGUUUUAUGCGCAAAAAGGGCCUCUUGACAUUCCUCAGGCAAAUUCUUGAGCCUCUCGAUGAAUUCCACAUUGUCCUCGAGAAUUCCAUCACUCAGGGCAUUCCAUCGCAUUGCUAAAACUUGCCGGAUUUUCUUUAUUUUUUAAUUUUAUUAAUUUUCUUUUUUUUUCAUUUAAUUAAAUUAAUUUCCUCAAGAUUUUCUCCUCAAAAGUCCUACCGAUGCCAAAGAUUUUUUUAAAAGAAAACUUUUUGCUGCUAAAUAUUGUUGUUGAAUGAUCUUUAUUGUUUUAAGUUAGAGAAUUUAAUUUUUUUUACGGCAGCUAUUUUUUUGUUGUUAAAGAUUUGUUUAUUUUUUUUUACUGAAGAAAGGAAAAUGUGCGAAAAUUCCGGAAGAAAAAAACCUCUAAAAGGGAAACUCUUGGUGCCAAGAGAGUUUUCUUUCUUAAUUAUGUAUAUGAAAAAUAAAACCAACAAAAUGUUCUUUAUUAAUAAUUUUUAAGGAAAUAAUUCCAACAAAAAAAAUUAUCCGUAGAAGGUGAUUUAUUAAGUAGAUGAAUGUCGUUGUAAUUGUCAAGGAAAAAAACGGAGAAAUUGAAUCCAAAAAAAAAAAAGUUUUGCAAAAAAAUGAAUACUCAGUGGUUAAUUGUGUGAUAAAGAAAAUGAAUCAGAGAAAAAAAACUAAAAGAAGAAGAAAAUAACCGUUAAGCAUUUUAAAAAAAAAAUGAGAAAAAGGUAGUAAAAGAGGUAAAAUUGUUGAUAAUUUCGUGCGUAGAUUUACUUUCGAAAGAAGAAAACACCAAAAAAGUCUCAAAGUCAUUUUUAAAGGUUUAAAAUCAGAAAUUCAAAUUAACUUUGCACCGAAGCUCCACCCACAAGGUUACUUUGUUUUUUCAAGCAUAUUGAAUCGAUUAACCAAUCAGUGAAAACGUCUAAUUCUUCUUCUUAUUUAUUUACAUUUCAAACAGAGAUUUUAGAGGUUUAAUUUUAUUUAAAUUGGAAAAUAGUGAAGAAAUUAAUAUUUUCUGAAAUAAGUGAGAGUUUUUAGUGCAAAGUUCUUUUGAAUAAAUGGAGGAUGAAAUGUAAAUUUUUAUUUAUAGAAAGAGAUAAAAAACUGAUCACUGUGUCCAAAGAAAAUACUCAUUUUCCAACAAAUAAAAAAGUCUUUCUUUAUGAGAAA